AUGCUUUCUAUUCUAUGUUUUGUGUUCUUUGAGAGGCUCACGUUCUUCUCAAUUAAAAGCCACUUAUUUAUGUAUAUCGUGCAAUAUCUAAACUACAAUAGAAUGGAUGGAAUUAUUUCUGUGCAUGCAUUCAUAUUUUUGUCAUAUCUGUUUUGUGUUCUUGGUGGAUUCAUCUCUGAUAAGUUCAUUGGGCAGUAUUUAAUGAUAAUUAUAUCACUUCUAGUGUAUACACUCGGAAUAAUUUCCAUAAGCAUCUCAUCAUUAGCAAAGAGCAAUAUAUUCUUUAUUGUUGGGUUGGUGUGUGUCUCAUUCAGUGCAGGCGGCAUAAAGCCAAACAUACUGUCAGCUGGCGCAGGGUUGCUUCAAAGAGCAUAUGCCACGAAGGAAUCCAGCAGCAAAGAGAAAGCAGAUAAAAUCGCUUCUUUGCUGGUCACUUUCUUCUCUCGCUUCUACUUUGUAAUUAACCUAAGCAGUUUUAUUGUUUUAUUUAUUACACCUUCUACAAUUAGUAGAGCAAUAUGCGCCCUUGCUAACGCACAAACGCUGUCCCAGGAGCAGCUGCGUCUUGUGGAUAUUUCAGAAUAUUUUUUAAUAUUUUUAUUUUCCUUUAUCUCUAUUUUUAUUUCCAUUGGUAUAUUCUUUAUUUUAAUGGCAAAAUACCUGGUUCACUGCUGGCUUGGUAAGAAAAAGGAAGAGUCUCAAAUGAAUGUAGAAACAUCAGUAGACCAUAGGCCAGUCCAGAGGUAUGAUGUCAUAAAAAAUCUUCCAAUAGUAAUUGGAUGGACAAUUUAUGACCAAAUGAGUUCUACGUGGAUAGAUCAGGGAAAGAGAAUGAUAACCCAAAUAGGCGUUCUGUCAUAUAAAAUAAGCAUACUACCAUCACAAAUCAUACUUAUUAAUUCAUUUGCUCUGAUUGUAUUUCUUCCAUUUUACGACUCAGCCAUCCCCGCUUUCUUUCGUUCUGCACGGCUAGUAGAUACACACAGGCAUAGAAUGGCAUAUGGUUUGUUUAUGAUAGGCCUGUCAUACUUAGUGUACUAUGGCAUUGAAGUGUAUAUGACAAGGAAUGGAUCUAUUUCAAUUUUAUUUCAAGUACCGCAGAUUUUAAUUAUAACUAUUGGAGAAGUACUUGUUAGCGUGUCGGGUAUGGCAGUUGCGUAUAAUGAAGGAGGAACAAAUAAUAAGAGUGUCGCAAUGGGCUACUGGUAUCUGAAUGUAGCACUCGGGAACCUAUUAGUUGUUUGUCUUUCGUCAUUUUAUAAGUACAUUGACGCACAGAUACACUACCAGGCCAUAUUAUACUUACUUCUGAUAUUUACAGCUACCAUUUAUUCACUAAAUAAUACAAAGGAAAGAUCUAUUAUCCCGCAAAGCAUCACUACUGAAGAUAUACCAUUACUUAUAGAAGAUAGCCGAGAAGAACAUCCAUUGGCUUUGGUGUGAUUACCAAAGUCCAUUAUAGUUAUUUUAUGUUAUACUUUUAAGAUAUUAAGAUAUGAUUUUGUGGUAUAUCUUAUUGCUUCUAAUGAUGCGCGUGUGCUUAAUGGAGGCUAGUUUAAUUUACUGUAGAAGCAUUUCUUUUAGACAAUUUCGGGC